AUGUCAAAUCGUCCAGAAGCUGCAUAAUAACCUUAAUAACCAUAAUAAAGAUAAUAAGUUCCAGCUCCUUAAACAAGGCCAGCUGGUCCUGUGUAUCCAAAUACUUAUUUACCACCUACUUAUUAUCCAGCUUCUCCAAUUAGACAGUCUUAUGUGGCUCCAGUUGCUCCUAUUUAAUAUGCACCAGUGGCCUAAGUGCCUGUUGCUCCAAUUGCAUCUGUUCCUAUUUAACAAGUCGCCCCUGUCCCAGUUCAAACUUUAGGAGUUGCCCCAGUAGCUUAACACCAAACUAUAAAAGGUGAAUCCAGAAUUGAAUAUAUUCCCUAUCAAAAAGCUGUUGUUGAAUAUGAGGAAUAAGAAAUUGUGUCUUAUGUUCCAAGAGAAACAAAAGUCACCGAUUAUUACGCUGUCGAAUAUUAAACUGAAUAUAUCCCAUAAGUGUUCCAAGAGAAAUACACAGAGUAUGUGCCAGUCGACAGAUAUUAAGAGAGAGUAGAAUAUUACCCAGUUGAAAGAUAAGUUGUUCAUCAACAGCCAGCAUAAGCUGUGUCAGUUGUCUAAUAACCAGUCAUUUAAUAAUCAGUUUAAUACGUUCAAUAACCAGUCUAAUAUGUUUAAUAACCAGUCCAAUAUGUUUAAUAACCAUUGAUUGCAUCAAGAGUUGUUCCUUAAUUUGUAUAACCAUAAUAUGCUGCUCCCCCUGUUGUAAGACCAUCCUAACCAUAAUAAUAAUAAUCCCAUUAACCAUAAUAAGUUCCAUCCUAACAGCCAAGGCCUUAGGCAGUCCAAUAGCAGCAAUCACAAUAACAAUGA